CUCGCGAGCUCAAUCCUCCAAGAAAGACCUCUUUGAACUGGAGUCAUCAGCGAAAUUAUCAGCUUUUCUUCAGCCACUCCGGAGGAUAUCGCGUGACUCAGUGUUUACUUUGUGCACUCACCUGAUUAACAUCAGGUUUUGCCGGUCGGAGAAAGCGAAAUUUAAAAAACCGCAACGCUUGCGCAAUUUAGAAGAAGUUUAUGAGUGAGCUCGUGAGCUAGCUGAAGUUGCUAGCUAAGUGUGUUUGAGAAGUCAGCCAGCCAUUUGUCUCAAUAUGUUGCGGGGUAACUAGUUAGCAGGGCCAGCGCACUUGUCGUGGUUGUUGUACCCGACAUGUUUUUGGGAGAGGACGACGAGUGCGAGGCAGCAAGUCGUCGGAGCUCGGAGAAACCCGGGCGACUUCACUAUGGCUAAGAAACAAAAACAGCUGCUGUGUUGAUGUGAGAGAAAGAAGAGCAGGCGGACAACAUCAGCGACUAUGAGCAGGGCAGAACAGCACGACAGGGUCUUGUCCACAAGCCAAGACUCUCUCCCGUGCCUCCCCGACUCUAAAGCUGACCCGCUGAUCCGAAGCCGACCCCUCAGUGAUAUAUACCCAUUCCACAGUCAUACUGACAGAAGUACAGUCCCAUGUCUGCUGUCUGGGUGUGGUGGCCAAGUAGGUCCUGAUGAAAACAGAUUGAAUGGUAUCAACUCCUCCGCCUGGUCCAACUCUGUUAUAAGUCAACCCGAAGGAAAGCCUUACUCCUCAAGAAUCAUGAGGCUCUUUUCUAACUCGAGGAAGGGCCCUGUCCCUGCUCACACUCCAACCUCUGACGGUCCCAACUCAAUCCCCAGCAACGACGGCAACACUGGCCCCCAGGCCUGGUCGGGACUUUCAGGACUGGGUGUUGUAGACUCCUUUAAAAAGCUCCGCUCCUCUGUGCUCCAGGGUAUACAGAGUAGAGGGGCAGCCACCCACGAUGGAGAACAUGACCCAUCAGAUCAGGAAAUGGCAAACGGCAACACUGGCCCUGGUUCAGAUGAUGCAGCAAAUCAUUUUAAGUUUUCAGAGGGAUACAGUGUGUCUAAUGGAAAUAUUACUGUCCAAAAGUUGGCUGCGAUGAGCCAAUGUGGAUCAGAUAUUGAAGACUUUGAUGAUGAGGACACUGAUGAAGGAGGUGGUCUCACACGCAACACACGAUUGUCAAGGAGUAUCAGGAGAGCGUACGGAGCAGGACGCAUCUCAUUACUUGACACAGGGAAUAGAAAACUAACAGGAAGUAGUACAAAUGAAGCUACGGACAGUCGGAAACUAGAUCAGACAUCCAAGGUCGAUGUCCAAACAAAGAACACGAGUGAGAAUACAGAUGUGAAGGUGCUGAGCCGACUGAGCAGAAGUGCAGAAAAUCUUCAUAUAUUUAAAGCACCCUUCAGACGCAAAGCUCCAAAUCCAGGAACUCCUUCCCCUCAGGAGGACUCUCAGAGGACUAGCACAUCAAACGGGGCACCAAACAUCCAUAGGACAGCCAGUGCCUCCUCAGUGGACCUACGGGGCCACGCAGGCGGCCGUAGGAAGAGCCCUGUGAUGACCAAGGGACCAAUGCUAAAGCUAGUAGGCAGCAUGACUGACUUGACUGUCCGACGAAGGCGAAGUCCCUCCCCCAGCCCCACCUCUCAGUCUCCCUUGUCACCCCUGACCCGUCUUCAUGACGACUACUCUCGCCGUGUGCCUUGCCUAACGACCACUGAGCGACAGCGCCGGCCUUCGCCCGUCAGAGCCAGGGUCAUGUCUGUUGAGCGCACCCCUCUGGUUCAUCUACAGCCUGAUUACGAUGUCAGCGCCCAGCAGCACCAGGUUCUUAUCAGCCAGGUUUCUGUGGAGCUUCCAGAGGGAACAGAACAGACUUCAACCGGUAUCUCUGCUCAUGAUGAAUCACUGACUGUGGCCACAGCAAGUGGUUAUAAAGCAGAAGGUGAUUCAUCUCCACUCAGCCAGAAAGAGCAAGAACAACAAGACCAGACUGAAAGCAACCUGCUACCAAAUGAAGAGAUGUCAAACCAACAAGGGUCAGAGGCACCUCUCCAAACAGAGGAGGUCUUUCCAACAGCCAGCAGCACUCCUCCCAUCUCUCCAACAUCUCUCUCGGAGUCACCUACAUCACCCACCAAUGCAUCCCCGGAAACAUCCUCCGUCAAGCCCAGGCGAAGGAAUGGGCGCCCAAGACCUCGGCCCAUCUCUGACUACGGGCAGCUCGUUUCCAGGAAGCACUCAAUUCCAGAGGAAGUGGCAGAACUGCACGCUGAAGAACAGACAGCAAAUACAUCAGUGUAUAAAGACAGCAGUGGUAAUGACGCAUGUGGGAAUGGAGAGAUCUCGGAGAACUGCAGCAUGAACGGAGACGUUCAAGGCAUGAGACAGCGUCCAAUCUCAGUGAUCGGGGUCGUGGAUCUAUUCUCUGCUGAUGCUGAGGAGAAAGACGACUGCCUUCCUUCACCCCUGUCGCGGCCACCCAUCCCCUCCCACCAGGUGCCCCCCUACAGAGCAGUGUCUGCCAGGUUUCGUCCCUCCGCCCUAUCCCAGAGCACCCCCAUCGGACUGGACCGUGUUGGACGGCGUAAGCUCCACAGAGUGCUCAGCGAUGGUGUGUCUGAGUGCUCAGCAACGCUUGAUGACAGCGUGAGUGAGGAGGAGGAGGGCAGCUUUGAUGAGCUCACUGAUGUCACACCAUACCUCCAGUCAGGGGUGGAGCUCUCUGUGCUCAACGAGUGGAUAAGCUCUGGCCACACGGUGUAUGCUGAGGCUCUCUGGGAUCAUGUGACCAUGGAGGAGCAGGAGCUGGCCUUCAAGGCUGGAGAUGUUAUCCGUGUCUUGGAUGGCUCGCACAAGGACUGGUGGUGGGGCAGGGGGGCUGACAAGGAGGCCUGGUUCCCCUCCAGCUUUGUGAGGGUGCGAGUGAACCAGGAGGACUCAAGUGCAGAAAGUGUGGAGAGUGUAGCCGACCAGGAGGAUCCACCCCCCAGGGACACACACAGUACUCAGCACAAGGAGCAGAUGAGAACCAAUGUUGUUCAGGAAAUCAUGAACACUGAACGCAUCUACAUCAAGCACUUAAAAGACAUCUGUGAGGGUUACAUCCGUCAGUGCCGUAAGCACCCGGACAUGUUCACUGAGCUGCAGCUGAAGACCAUCUUCAGCAACAUCGAGGACAUCUACAAGUUUCAGAGGCAGUUUCUCAGAGACCUGGAGAAGAAGUACAACAAAGACCAACCACAUCUCAGUGAAAUAGGCUCUUGUUUUCUCUUGCAGGGAGAAGGCUUCUCUAUCUACUCAGACUACUGUAACACUCAUCCAGCAGCCUGUGCUGAGCUGCAGCGCCUCAUGAAGUCGGGCAAAUAUAAACAUUUCUUUGAGGCCUGCCGGCUCCUCCAGCAGAUGAUCGACAUUUCAAUUGCGGGUUUCUUGCUCACGCCCGUACAGAAGAUCUGUAAAUACCCCCUGCAGCUAGGGGAACUGCUCAAGUACACCCCCAAAGACCACAGUGACUACAGCGGAGUGAGCAAAGCGUAUGAGGCUAUGAAGAACGUGGCCAGUCUGAUAAAUGAGAGGAAGAGACGGCUGGAGAGUCUCGACACCAUUGCUCACUGGCAGGUGGCCAUUCUACACUGGGAGGGACCUGAUGUACUGGAACGCAGCUCAGAGCUGAUCCACUCUGGUGAGCUGACUCGGGUCAUCCGACAAGGCAAAAUGCAACAGCGCAGCUUCUUCCUGUUUGACCACCAGCUGGUCUUCUGUAAAAAAGACGUCCUGCGCAGAGACCUGCUCCACUACCGGGGACGGCUGGAUAUGGACCAGACCGAAGUGGUGGACGUGCCUGACGGGCGGGACCCAGACCUGGGCCUGACCCUGAGGAAUGCUCUGCGCCUGCGCCACGCCUCCACCCUAGAGUUUGUGUGUGUGCUGUGCUGCAGGAAGGCCCAGGACAAGCAGAGGUGGUUAGAGGCGUUUGCCAAGGAGAGAUACAGAGUCAAGGAAGAUCAAGAGAUGGGGAUGGAGAUCAGUGAAGAGCAAAGAAAACAGGCUAUUGUUAAUGCCAGAAGAGCCAAACAGAAGAAGAGCAAAAACAUUGGUUACUCUGGCUCUGGCCCACCGCACCACCAAAACCUUCACCCACUUCACCAGCGUCACAUCACCAUUCCAACCAGCGUGCCUCAGCAGCAGGUCUUUUCACUGGCCGAGCCCCCAAAACGAAAGCCUUAUCACCUGUUGUACAGCAUCACCCGCAACGCCCUUUUCAGGAAAUGAGGCUUUGCACCCUCAUGUUUUCUUCCUCCCUGUGCCCAUGUCCUGAAGACUCAAAGAACACUUUAUUUUUCCUGUAUUUUUUUUUUUUUGCCUGUGAAUGUACCAUCAAGUCCUGUUUUUGUGCCUCAUGUGUCUUUCUGUGUGUCUUGUGUUUGUUUCAUGAUGACGUUCAGUGCCUACAGUUUGACGUGGGCACGACAAAAGUGUUAAAAUACUGACUGUUCAUUUUGUUGUUAAAGAUGCUGCUCACUCAAGAGACUCACACCCGUUUGUCUUAUUAAUUCCAACUGAAAGAUUUUUUUUUUUAAUGUUAAUUAUGACAACAAUAUAUAUUCUGCAUUUUAAGUGGACAAACAUGGUUUUAGUUUAUGUCACUGAAGCUGGACCCUUUUUUUUUUUUUUGCUUCGAGUCUGUCAACUCUGAGCACCAAACAGCCAGAGGAUAAAUUAACUGACACCUAUCUUGUUAACAUUGUAAAUAAAACUCUUGUACAAACAU